GUUUCCUUUAGAGAGGUGAAUUAUUUUCUUCAAGCGAGGUUUCGCUUGUUGCAUUCCCAUUUACACUGCGGACACCAUGCAGUUCACGGAGCUGAGCGAACUCAACCACAUGGUGGGACUCAUGCGGCUCGCUGCCUGCAACAGCCCGACCUUCCAUGAUCGGCAGGACUCGGAGGUGGAUCGCAUCUACAAUUCAUCGCCUAAAAUGGAGUCGCAGCUGCGCAAUUCGUGGAUCGACAAGAUGACUGCCUUCAAGCCUCUAGCGUCCACCUCGUCGUCAUCAUCGGGGGGUAAGAAGUCGCCAAAGGGUCUGCGCAAGGGCAGUAGCUCUAAUAUCUCGACGGCCAACGGUGGGAAGGCUGGAGAUGAUGCGACAGCCAAGACGCGAGAAACCAGGGAGAAGAGCGUGGCCUCUAGCAACGUGUCGAGACGACGGACAUCUACCCAGGCUGGACGUACCGACAAGAAGAGCAGCGCGGCUGCAAGUGUGAAGAAUGGUGACAAAGAGGAAGGAGCUGGAGCCGAUAAAAAGCAGUCGGACGAUGGUUUCACCUUUGAGAAGGAGGAUGUCCCACCGAUCUCUUUUCACGAGUCGUCAAUGCUGGACAAGGCCCUGAAGGGACCAGCAGCGGCAAGCGGUGCGAGACCGCCCAUGAUGGGAGCAGAUGGGGGCGCUGUUCUGCAUCUGACGAUCUACUUGCCCACGAGGGACGAGAUGAAAAUCGAUUUGUACGACGUAUCGACAGUAGACGAAGCUAUUCAAGAGCUUUUGCGUGUGCAUCAUGUAGAUGCUCGUCAACCGGCGCUGUAUUACGGCCACCCUGAAUGCUACGAGCUUCGCCUACAUGACUCCGAUGGCAUUCCAGAUGAAGACUUCCCAGCACUGGAUCGUUCGAGAAAGAUUAAGAACUUUGGUGACGCUGGGGGCCACGAAUACUGCUUGUGCGAGCGUCCUGAUGCAUGCCCUCCUUCGGGUGAUACCCCCACUGACGUUGCUGCGCCCACUGCAGCGGCGAAACCCAGUGCUGCUGCUACCAAGGCACCUCUGCCCAACGACAAGGCUUUCCUCAAGAUCUUCAUGCCGAAGAGCGACGACUACACAGUGGUGGCCAUUGACGGCACGACUGUGGGCCAAGAUUUGCUUCCAACGCUCAACAAAAAGCAUCGACUCCAGCUCUUCCAAGAGCUUUACGUGCUUAAGAUCAGUGAGGCAGACCGCGAACGUCUGGACCUGGCCAGCGAUGAGAUCGACAUGCACACCAAGUUGCGACCGCUGAAUCUGCACGAAGUUACACUCGCCACGAAAAUCUUUGCCGAUGCUCCCCAGAUCUCUGCUCCCGCUCCGUCAGCCGUGGAGGAAACCGCUAAUGUCGACAGUCGCUCUCGUCCGCCUCCCGAGACGUUUAUGUUCAACGAUGUUACAGCGGCAAUGUUCAAGGAAUGGCACGUUAUCAAGAAGAACAAGUACGGCAAGAAGCAGCAGCGUAUGCUGGGUAUCGAUCUCAACAAGAUCUACAACCGCAAAGUGGGAGAGCGCGUCAUCACAUCGAGCAAGUCCACCAAGAUCGCUGAGAGGCCUAUGUCCGGUGUGGUUUGGGUGCGCUUCAACCAAGACCCGUCCGAGUUCCAGAUCUACUUCAAAGACAGCAUCGAGGAGAUCAUUACAGACUACACAGCAGACUCGCCAUACGAAUGCGCCGAGAUCGUCGCCAAACUCAAGUACAUUCUCUCGCGUAGGAAAUGAGUCAAAACAAGCACCAAGGGUUCCUUCAACGUCGUCGUCUACACGUGUCACCACUUCCGGUAUUCUGCUUUACAUAAUGUGUUUUGCAUUGACUGGUUGCACUAACAGAUGAGGUGAAGAAAGACAAAUAAUGGUGCGCGUCUCAAUUUUAUUCCCUGGGUUUUGUUUAUUCCAACCGCUGACAAGCACGAAGCCGUCUCCACGACUGCAGCAUCGGCGCCACACAGCGAGAAACACUCGCUGACAGCACGCAACAAUUCCUAGCCAAACUGCUGCUCCAACUGCCACACUCGCCACUCGAAGACAACCUCCAGUACCACCCACGUCUGGAAGUACAAGACAGAGAAAGCCUGGUUUCAGUGUGCUUGUGGCUAAGCCGCUUACACCUUGAAGCCACGCGAUUUCCUGCGGCCACGGGCACGCUCGAACUUGCGGCCCUUGCUGCGGACGUACGGCUUGACGUGGUCGUGCGUGUGCACCGACUCGAGCGUCGACUUGUGGCCGAAGUGGGCGUACACGCCACGGGCCUUGCGGGCGCCACGGAGAAGCACCGUGUUGGUGCCCUUGGGGGCACGCAGAGCCAGCUGAUCGAAGCUCAGGCACUCACCGCCAGCCUUGACGAUGCGGGCACGGGCCGCCUCGGUAAAGUUCAGAGCGCAAACCGUGAGCUUGGGCACACUCAGAAGACGGAUGUCGUCCGUGACCGUGGCCACCACGACAGCGAUCUUGCCCUCAUGCUUCUUCAUGAAGCGAGCGACCUUGCCCAGCGACAGAGGAGCCUGGUUGGUGUUGCUCUGGUAGAGGCGACGGAGCACGAUGUCGUUGAACUUGGCGUCCGUGCGACGAGCCAGGAAGCGGUACAGGCGCACCAAAAGGUUCAGGUACACAUUGUCCGACUUGGGGUUCGUGCGGUUCUUCUUGCCGACGACCUUGCCACCAGCGACAAGAUCAAUACCCUGUACGAGAGCACACAGCACACAAGGCAACCUGUUAGCAGAAGUCGUAGAACCUGUAUCUGAUCGUAGAGAAGGUGGACGAGUGUUUGUUCUGGAUCGCUGUCUGCCCGAGUGUCUGUCUCCCGCUUUCCUGCCCGUUUGUUGGCCUGCUUUAACGUCCUGUUAUCUCUGUUACGUCCGUCCAUCGCUCGUAGUUUUUUUUUUUUUCAAGUUUCCUCGCUG